AAGACGGAGCUGCUCUUCCUCCCGGGGAAGGACUGCCCGUUCCAUGAUCUCGCCAUCACGGUUGACAACUCCAUUGUGUCCUCCUCCCAGAGCGCUAAGAACCUUGGCGUGAUCCUGGACAACACCCUGUCGUUCUCAACUAACAUCAAGGCGGUGGCCCGUUCUUGUAGGUUCAUGCUCUACAACAUCCGCAGAGUACGACCCUGCCUCACACAGGAAGCAGCGCAGGUCCUAAUCCAGGCACUUGUCAUCUCCCGUCUGGAUUACUGCAACUCGCUGUUGGCUGGGCUCCCUGCCUGUGCCAUUAAACCCCUACAACUCAUCCAGAACGCCGCAGCCCACCUUGUGUUCAACCUUCCCAAGUUCUCUCACGUCACCCCGCUCCUCCGCUCUCUCCACUGGCUUCCAGUUGAAGCUCGCAUCCGCUACAAGACCAUGGUGCUUGCCUACGGAGCUGUGAGGGGAACGGCACCUCAGUACCUCCAGGCUCUGAUCAGGCCCUACACCCAAACAAGGGCAUUGCGUUCAUCCACCUCUGGCCUGCUCGCCUCCCUACCACUGAGGAAGUACAGUUCCCGCGCAGCCCAGUCAAAACUGUUCGCUGCUCUGGCCCCCCAAUGGUGGAACAAACUCCCUCACGACGCCAGGACAGCGGAGUCAAUCACCACCUUCCGGAGACACCUGAAACCCCACCUCUUUCAGGAAUACCUAGGAUAGGAUAAAGUAAUCCUU